AUAAGAGGUCGGUCGUUAAUCACAAACUGUCAUCGUACAAGCCAUCGGUGUGGAAACGACAGCCGAAAUACCCCUGAGAAAAUUGGAUAAAAAUCACCGAAUAAUUGAUAAAUUUAUUGGUAAAUCAUAUGUAGUAACUCACACACGCCGUUCCAUCAAAAUCUACUGUAAAAUAAAAUGAGAAAAAUUACAAAACUCAUUAUCCGGACAUUGUACGCGCUCUUGAAAAACGGCGGUCAAAACAGGCCGGUCAAACUUAGUACUAUUCUGAAAUAUGUGCAGAAGAAAAGUCCUCAGGUGAAAAAAGCGGAAGUUGUAAAAGCGUUGAAAACCGGAAAUAACCUGGGAUUGUUUUACUUAAGCCCUAAAGGUGAUUCGGUCGUCCCAGCGGAAAUAUUCCAGAGCCUUUCCUGCUCCAACAAGGGACGGUUUAUUAUGUCGGCCUGCUGGCGUCCGAUCCUCUGGAGGCAAAACAAGAAGGCGUACUGCAAGGGCUGCGGAUUGUCAUCCUGUAAGUGCUGCUCCUGCUGUAGCUGCCACCUGCACUGUCCUUUCUGCCCCGGAGCGAGUGAGAAACGCGACGAAAUCAUGCGUACUGACAAUUCAUGGUUUAGUAAGAUCAAGAGAGUAUUGGGCAAAUAUACUAAAUGAGUUAAACAUA